CAUUCCCUUUUACACAGAAAUAAUUUUUGUUUUGUCUGAAGUCGCAUUUUCUUGGUAAAACGAAAAGUUUUACAGAAAUAUUUUAAAAAAUCUAGAGUUGUUUUGUUUACUUUACUACAACGGAUCCCGUAUUACGUGAGAUGAAGCCAACACCGGCUGCCGAUGAAAUGUUUAGCACGGACAUGGAAGAGUCCGGUAGCUCUUCUGGUCUGCUAAUCGACUUACCAACCAAUGAGAAGCAGGUGCAUGCUGACUUCUACAACGAUUUUGGUGAUUUAUUUGAUGAUGAUGACGAUAUGUCAGAAAAUAAUAGCGGUUAAUGUAAUCAGAGUAAACGUAUUCGAAGUUAUGUUAAAUUUAGGUGCAUUUUUUUAAUAAAAAUCAUUAAUUAUUUGACUUUCAAA